AUGAUGAGUGACAACAUCUACACUUUCGAGGACGAAAGUCCUUUUGUCGAGAGAGAAGAGGGUCAUGAGAUCUAUCGAGAGAUCUAUGGCGAUCCAAUCUAUGACACAUAUGAAGAUGAUGUUGAUGUUAUUGACUUCGUUUUCAAAGAAGAUUUGUUUGAGGAUCUGAUGCGUGCAAAAUCAGGGCGCAGUCAGAUUCGUUUAGAUUUCGGUUUCGUGCAAAAUCCGGUUUGUGCGAAAAUCGUGCAGAUUCAGAUCCGUGCAAGUUUCGGGUCUAAUCCGGUUUGUGUGAAAGUUAGGCCAAGUCAAAGGAAGAUGAAGAUAAUUCUGCCAAAAGCCCAUGUGAUGAAAACCCUAUGA